GAGAGAGGGAGAGAGAGGGAGGAGGGGGUUAUAGGGAGGAAAAGGCGUUUCCGUCCUCACACCGGCGAGACUCUCAGUGUUCAGCACCGCACUGACUUCAUCAACUCUUGACGCUUUCGACGCUGAUGUUUUGACCGAUCUGUGUUUGAGGUGAACUGGACUUUGUGUUUGCGUGACCAAAGCGUACAGCGGGUCAUCCAUCACCAACACCGGGAGCAUCAUCUUCAUCAUCUUCAUCAUCAUCAUCGCUGGAUCAGCGGCGCGCGGAAGGAUGUCUGAAUACAGCUCGCUGUUGAGUGAUCUGUCUGAGAACAUCACUAAUGAAGACCUGGAGCAGCUGAAGUCGGCCUGUAAAGACGACAUCCCCGAAGACCAGAGCAACGCCAUCACCUGCUCCAAAGACUGGUUCAGUUACCUGGAGAAGAAUGACAAACUGGCACAAGAUAACCUGUACUACAUAGAGCACAUCUUUGAGAUCUCGCGGCGGCCGGACCUCUUGACUCGAGUCAUCGAGUACCGCACGACUGUGCUGAAGAUCUCCGAAGACGACGAGAUCGACACCAAACUCACACGCAUCCCCUCGGCCAAGAAAUACAAGGAUAUCAUUCGCCAGCCGUCAGAAGAUGAGAUUAUCAAACUGGCCCCUCCCCCUAAAAAAGCAUGAGGUCAAAGUUCAUGACCUCUGCUCCUCCUCCCGGCACAUCAUCUUGCCCAUCAUCGUCACCAAGCCCCGCCCACUCCUCCUCAUCCCACAGAACAGAAGCCAAGCAGCCAAUCAGAUCAAGAUGCUUUAAAGCCACGCCCACGCCACGGAACGCACGGAAAACUGAACGAAA